GUAAAUUCUACCCAAACCCAAAACUCGAGGCUAAUGGAUCCUACACAGAUGAAGAAAAUUCAAGCCAUGAAAAGGUACAAGAGCCACCAGUUCCUGAACAAUUUGUAUGUAUAUUUUGUGAGUGCCUUAACUUGCAGUGUCUUCUGUUUUGUCACCUUCUGCAUGCCCUAUCUUUCUUCUCUUCUCCGCCUCUUUUUCUUCGUCCACAUCUCAAGUUUAGUACCAGUUCUGUUCAGCUCAAAGCUCCUGUUCAUCAUGGGCAACCUUAUAAUUUUUUUCCUUGUGGUAAACUCAAGAAUCCUUUCCUCGGAUCCCUCUUCAACCCCUGUUGUUUACUAUGAUGAGUACAUUCGGAGCAGUCAAACCCCAAAACCUCUUGUUGCAACUGUUGAGGUCAAACGAGGUAAAACUUUGGAGAAACAUGUUGUCGGGGAAAUUUUGGACAUCGACAGUGUGGACUUAAAGUGCAAAGGGAGGGUUGAGAAAGGCACUGAAACAUUCAAAGAAGACGACGACAUAGAUGCAGGAGAUGAACAACGUUUGAUUCCUUCGUGUUCCGAUGAAUUGAACAAAAGGGCUGAUGAUUUUAUUGCGAGAGUCAAUAGGCAGAGAAGGCUUGAACUUAGCCUUCUGAAUUAUGGUGGUAGUUACUAAGUAUAUGGUGUUGUAUGGUGCAAGAAAAUCUUAGUUCUCAACUAGAUUAUUUUCCUCCAAAUUUAAUUGAGAAUAUUAUAAAGUAUAUGUGUUACAGCAUUUAACCCUAAUAACAGAAUUUGUAUGAUUCCGGAUUGACAU